AUGCGCCGUCGCUGCGCCUGCCUCGUCGCGGCGGUGGCGGCCGCGGACGCCCUGCGGAGCAGCUUCACGGCGACGCCGCCGCCCUGCGACCCGCGCACGGGCGCGGCGCUCCUGCCGUUCGACCGCCAGGGCGCCACGAGCUGGGAGGGCGCCCGGCGGCGGUUUUUGAGCCGGCGGCCGCGGGCGCCGGACCCCGGGCGCCCCGAGGCGCUGGACUGGCUCGACGCGGACCUCGAGGGCGUCGAGGCGAUCUACGACGCGGACGGCGUCGUCGUCCGCGAGGCGAACGCCACGGGCGGCGCGUGGCGCCUCCUCUGCACGUCCGGCACGGUCGUCCAGUCGGCGGCGCUGCUCGUCGACGCCAAGAUCCACGGCGGCUGCCUCGCCGGCUACACGCGGGGGCUCGGGGCCGCGGCGUUCGCCUGCACGACGUCGCGGAGCGCGCUCGUGCUGGGCCUCGGCUUCGGCUGCGUCGCGGCCUUCCUCGCCGCCCACGGCCCCCACGCCGUCACGGCCGUGGAGGUCGACCCCGCGGUCGUCGCGGCGGCGGCGCGGUGCGCACCGCUGCCCGCGAACGUGGACGUGAUUCUCGCGGACGCGGUGGACUUCCUGCGCACCUGCGACGACGGCGCCUACGACGUGGUCGUCAUCGACGUCUUCGACGCGGAGUCGCGGCUCCCAGCGGCGCUGUCGGCGCCGGCCUUCGCGGAAGACGUGGCGCGCGUCGCGCGGCGCGGCGUCGCCGCGAACCUGGUGCGGGAGACGUCCCUCGACACGGAGGCGGGCUGCGAGCGCCUCGCGCGGAACCUGGGCGACGCGACCGCGCGGCGGGGCGGCGACUGCUUCCUGGCGCCGGACCCCCGGACGGACAACGCGCAGCUCCUCGCGCUCUUCGGCGGCGGCGCGGCGCCGGCGCGCGUGCGCCGGCGCGCGGCGCGGCGCGGCCGGCGCGCCGGCGUGCUCUUCGACUGCGGCGCCGCGCUGCCCAUCGUGCGCUGCGCGUCGGGGGGCGAGGUCGUGGCGCGGCUCCGGGCGGGGGCGCCGCCGUAG